AUGGGAACGACAAAGGCUCGCAGCGCUGCAAAGGCUGCAAAAGAAUCGCCGGAUGUUCCAACACGAAGCCUUCCAAAGAAGACCUUCGUCCUCGACAAUGGUGCGUACACCAUGAAGGCAGGGUACGCCGCGGAUCCGGCGUCCUCUUCCGAAGACGCCCUUUCCAACUGUUCCUCGAUUCCAAAUACCUUGGUCAGGACUCGAGACAAUCGUAUUGUGGUUGGCGCACAGAUAUCAACGCAGGUCAGCGACUGGAACGAGGCUAUGUUCCGCCGGCCAGUUGAGAAGGGCUACAUUGUCAAUUGGGAAGCGGAGCGAGAGAUUUGGGAGCAAACAUUCUUCGAGGAGAAGGCUACUGCAAAGAACAAAAACCUUCGAAUUUCCGCGCCUGAAGAGACAACACUUGUGUUGACCGAGGCGCCAAAUGCAAUGCCGAUCUUACAACGUAACGCCGACGAGAUGGUCAUGGAGGAGUGGGGGUUUGGAGGAUAUGUCAGAUGCUUGGGUCCAACGCUAAACUCUUGGAACGAUCUGCAUGCUACCUUUGGGGACCCUCUUGUCAAACCCGGCUCUGAAAUCCUUCCCAAAGACUGCUUACUCGUUGUCGAUUCCGGAUACUCUCACACAACGGUCACUCCAGUGUAUAGAGGGCAAGCACUCCAGCGCGCUAUCCGUCGUCUCGAUAUUGGAGGCAAGUUCCUCACAAACUACCUGAAAGAGAUCGUGUCAAUGAGACAGUACAAUAUGGUGGACGAAACAUACAUUAUGAAUGAGGUCAAGGAAGCCGCCUGCUUUGUCAGUAAUGAUUUCAACAAAGACAUGGAACGGACUUGGAAAGCCAACCGAAAGCGCCAGACGGAGGAUGGCGUCGUUGUGGAUUAUGUUUUGCCGGACCCCAAUGCUGGCAAGAAAGGGUUUUUGCGGCGACACGAUCCUCUGUUACAUGCGAAGAAAAAGAAGGGUGCUCUUUCCGGACUUGACGCAGAAACUUUGUCGGAAGACGUCUUAGUCCUUGGUAAUGAGCGAUUUACAGUGCCGGAACUGCUGUUCAGUCCUGGCGACAUCGGAAUAAUACAAGCUGGAAUCCCAGAUAUGAUCAUCCAGAGCUUGUCAGUACUUCCUGCGGGACUACAUGCAGCCUUUCUCGCAAAUGUGCUGGUGGUGGGCGGGAAUGCUGCCAUCCCAGGCUUCAUGGAACGACUGGAGACGGAACUGCGCCCAAUUGCAUCUGCUGAUUGUGUAGUUAGAGUCGGACGCGCGGAAGAUCCAAUUGUCUCCACAUGGCUUGGCGGAUCUCGUCUCGCAAAUAAUCGGGAGGAGCUUAGUAGAGUUGCAAUUACUCGCCAGGAAUACCAAGAGUAUGGAUCCGGCUGGGCUGGACGACGAUUUGCUGGGACGAUAUGA